AUGCUUCUGGGCUUGCCAUGCACCGCGAUCCAAGAGGUAUGCAACUUGUUAGUGACGGGAAGGGCCUCAGGAAAGGCUCAUUUAAAAUUAAAACUGCGGUCAAGACAAGAGACUUUCGGCUUUUCUUUUUCGAAUGAAGCCCGGGAUUGAACCCGAGUUAAUCCCCAAUUUGGAUCAGAAUGGCGUCGUUAACAAAAAGAUAUCUGUAUAUCACUGGGAUGCGGUAGGCUCUUACUGAUGGCAGUAGGUUGAGAUGCAUUAAAUCUAGAAGAAUGAGGUCCAGUUUCAGUUAAGACAACUUCGAAACCCAAGAAAUAGGAGUAAGAAAAGAUGAGCAAACAAAUAAACCUUAGUAAGAAUGCCACCUUUCGGUUUUCAUUCUUUCAAAUACCAAAUUGGUGGUGACAUACGCCUGCCGUCUAAUAUUUCCCUAAUAAAUAUUUGAGGAGUAAAGGCGGCCCAACUCUUUUUUCCUUUUACAACUUUGUUCAACUUGUAGAUGCCCACGGUACUCCUCAACCUCAUACUUCCUGGACCCAAAACCUAUUCUGGAGAGUUCCUAGAAGCCAAGGUAUGUUUAGAUUCAGCAGACCUGUGCACCACGAUAAAGGAAUUCUACGUAGAACUAAGAGGAAAAGGCCGAACUGGAUGGGUCAAUGUUCACACUGACAAGAUAUACGAAACAGAAAAGGUAACAUAGCUCGCAGAGUAAUGUAAACUGUAUUAAGGACUAUCUGAACGCCACGGUACCUCUAUGCCCUCCGGGAAUGCAACUGAAACCUGGUCGUCAUCAAUUCCCAUUCAGAGUACGUGUACCACCAAGUGCUCCAAGUUCAUAUGAAAGUCAGUUUGGAGUGAUCAGGUAUACAUGUAGAGUGGUGCUGAUGACCAAUUCAGAACAAGUAAGUAAUGCUACCUUCUACAUGACACUUUAUAGUCGACGGCAGUGGAAGUGUUCCCCUUCGUUGUCGUAUCUACUUCGUAUUUCGAUGAAAUUCCCAGUGCUGUGAUGCAACCAAUCGACUAUAAGGACGAAGUCGACUUCACAGUAUGCACUCUGCCAUUCGGUACGGUAUACAUUAGAGUCAGCCUCCCUAAAACUGGGUAUCAAUUAGGAGAAGUAAGUACUACAAUAUAGAUAACAUGUCACUCUUUACCUAGGAAGUCCGACCGACCAUUCAAAUCAAAAAUGCGACCAGAAAGACGGUCAAAGACUGCAGUGUUCAACUAGUCCUCAAAGCGCAAUUCGUGGCCAUAAGCAGAUACGAACAUGUGAAUGACUGUAAGCUGGUGGAACAACAACUAGACAGUAUACCUAUUGGCCGGAUAAAAGGAAGAUCAGAAGAAGUAUGUUACAGGACUUAAAUUAGAAUAACAAAUUAUGUUGUAGUAUCCAAACUAACAGAUUAAUAUUUAAAUUAUACCAAAUUACUUGAUUUAAGAAGAAAUCACAGAUAACAAACCUUUUCAGAACUUCAAAUCUCUCAAAUUAACGAUCCCCGACUACGCCGUUCCCAGCGUUCCCCCAGAUCAAUCCGAAAUGGAACAUAGUAUAAUAUCACUCUCUUAUGUACUUCAACUAACAGCGCAACCAAAAAUAGAAAUGGAGAUUCCGCUGGUGGUAACAUCACUCGGAUAUCGCAAUCAAAGGAUGGUAUCCUCUGUUAUCAGCAGGUCCAUUCCAUACAGCGACUCGAAUUCAACGACAGAAUAUUUAUAA